GCUGGCUGGCUCUUCAUGCCAGUGUCGACAGGAGGCCUUUUGGAUACACCAAUUACUCACACCAGCCUCCCCCUUUUGUCUGCCCGUCCAGCCUGCCUCCUUGAGAUUGUGAGUAGUUCUGUCUAGCUUGGGAAGCAAGCUGGACGGCUGAGCCAGAGCGCCCAACAGGCCCAUGCUGGGGCUGGCGCCCUCCGCCCGGCUGGGGGGCCCCUGGCCUGGCCUCCUGCCCGUGCUCCUGGCUCUCCUUGGCAUGGCCCAGACGGAGCCAAAGUUACUCCCACUGCAGGCGGAACAGGCUCCGAUGCCUGGAGCCCUGAGCAGUAAGGAGACGUUCCUGCUCCUCUCCGUGCACAACCGUCUGCGUAGCCGGGUGCAGCCCCCCGCGGCCAACAUGCAGAGAAUGGACUGGAGCGAGAGCCUGGCCCAAUGGGCUCAGGCCAGGGCGGCCCUGUGCGGUGCCCCAGUCCCGAGCCCCGCGUCAGCACCUCGAGCCCCCCAGCAAGUAGGCUGGAAUGUGCAGCUGCUGCCGGCAGGCUCGGCGUCCUUCGUCAGCGUGGUGGGCCUGUGGUUCGCAGAGGGGCGGCGGUACAGCCACGCGGCCGCCGAGUGUGCCCACAACGCCACCUGCACCCACUACACUCAGCUCGUGUGGGCCACGUCGAGCCGGCUGGGCUGUGGGCGGCAUCGGUGCUCUGGGGCCCAGGCCGAGAUGGAAGCCUUCGUCUGUGCCUACUCUCCCGGGGGCAACUGGGAGGUAAACGGGAAGACCAUCGUCCCCUAUAAGAAGGGCUCCUGGUGUUCGCUCUGCACAGCCAGCGUCUCGGGCUGCUUCAAAGCCUGGGACCACACAGGAGGGCUCUGUGAGGUCCCCAGGAACCCAUGUCGCAUGAGCUGCCGGAACCAGGGACGCCUCAACGUCAGCACCUGCCACUGCCACUGUCCCCCCGGCUACACGGGCAGAUAUUGCCAAGUGCGCUGCAGCGUACAGUGUGUUCACGGCCGGUUCCGGGAAGAGGAGUGUUCCUGCGUCUGUGACGUCGGCUAUGGGGGAGCCCAGUGUGCCACCAAGGUGCACUUUCCCUUCCACACUUGUGACCUGAGGAUCGACGGAGACUGCUUCCUGGUGUCUUCGGAGGCAGACACCUACUACGGAGCCAAGAUGAAAUGCCAGGGAAAGGGCGGGAUGCUGGCCCAGAUCGAGAGCCAGAAAGUGCAGGACAUCCUCGCCUUCUACCUGGGCCGCCUGGAGACCACCAAUGAGGUGACCGACAGUGACUUUGAGACCAGAAACUUCUGGAUCGGGCUCACCUACAAGACCACCAAGGACUCCUUCCGCUGGACCACGGGGGAGCACCAGUCCUUUACGAGUUUCGCCUUUGGGCAGCCUGACAACCAGGGGUUCGGCAACUGUGUGGAACUACAGGCGUCCGCCGCCUUCGACUGGAACGACCAGCGCUGCAAAACCCGAAACCGUUACAUCUGCCAGUUUGCUGAGGAGCACAUUUCCCGGUGGGACCCGGGGCCCUGAGACUUGGCCGUGCCUCUCCCCUGCCAGCACCCAGAUAUGCAGCCGCGCUCACCCAGCUGCCCACCUGUCUGGAACCGGGGCCAGCUCAGGAUUGCAAGCCAGUAUCCAGAGGUCUCAGAGAGGCCCUGCAGGAAGUGGGGAAAGGGGGUACAAGUCAGCCCCCAGAGGGAGUCUGCACCAGGGGGAGGGACCCCUCAGCCUGCUGUGGAUCGGGAAGGUGGGGGUCAGGCACCCAAACAUGAGGCAGGGCCAGCAGCCAGAAGAGACCACCCUCCUCCACGGUCGCCGGACCCUCUGGGGCAGAUGGAGGCUCCUCACUGCCCAGGGUGCUCCCUACAAAGGAGUAAACUAAGUUAUGAAUCAGC